AUGAAGCUCCUGGUCAAGUCCAUCAAGCAGCUUGUUCAAACCAUUCAUCGUAGAAAGAGUUGUGUACCUGAAACAAAUUAUAUAUCUCUAAGAAAUUUCGAUGAGGUUCUUGACGUGGGUGGAAAGUGUGUCGUGCCUGGCUUAAUAGACGGACACACUCAUCCCGUUUGGUCUGGUGACAGAGUUCACGAGUUUGCCAUGAAGUUGGCUGGUGCGACUUACCUGGAAAUCCAUCAGGCCGGAGGUGGCAUCAAUUUUACCGUGGCCAAGACGAAAGAAGCCGAAGAGCAGUUGCUUUUGGAUUUGUUUCUCAAUAGGGUCAGUCGAAUGAUGCGAAGCGGAACAACGCUGGUGGAAUGCAAAAGUGGUUAUGGUUUGGAAUGGGAAACCGAGUUCAAAAUGUUGCGUGUUCUAGAAGCUGCGAAAGCUUUGACUCCCGUGAAAAUAUCAUCUACGUACUGUGCUGCUCAUUCUGUCCCUCAGGGGAAGACGCCGGAAGAAGCUGCGGAUGAUAUCGUGAUGAAACAAAUACCCGCGCUGCAGUCUGAGAUGCAAGCAGGACGUCUGGGUGUCGACUCCAUCGACGUGUUUUGCGAGAAGGGCGUGUAUGAGCUUGAAGACACGAAGAGGAUCUUGCUGGCCGGUCGAAACAUCGGACUCCGGAUGAACUUCCACGGCGACGAGCUGCAUCCAUUAGGCGGAGGCGAGCUGGGCGGUGGAAUCGGAGCCGAAGCAAUCAGCCAUUUGGAGCAGCUGAGUGAGGCCGGGAUACAGAAAAUGGCCGCGUCCGGGACUUGUGCCGUGUUGUUGCCGACAACCGCGCUCGCACUGCAACUCCCGCAUCCGCCCGUGCGGAAGAUGAUCCAGGCUGGCAUUCCUGUCGCCCUUGGCUCGGAUUUCAACCCAAACGCUUUCUGCCUGUCGAUGAUAAAAUCUAAACCGGUGUCAAUUUUUGUAAAGUGGGAGAACCUAAUCUACCAGCUGGGGAUGGCGGACGAUUUGAUCGCCGCCGUAAUCAUUGCUGGCCAAGUGGUGCACCGCAAGCAAGCCACAGCAAAGAGCGAAACAGGGCUCCGAGAAGCUUGUGAAGUACCCCUCAUCGUCCUCCGCGGGCUUCUCAUGCACGAUGCAGUCGAACCCGCCGCUCGCGGGUUUUCGUCAGUGCGCUCCCUGACGUUGGCCCCGCUGGUCGGCCAGCUUCAGUCCAUCCACGAUGAAUCAGUCAGAUUUUGA